AUGGAGUCUCAGAGCAAGAGACACUUGAUGAUGUUUUCAACAAACAAGUUGUGGAAGGAUAUAAACGAGGAGCUCCUUAUAAGACCAACUGAUGUGCCAAGGCCAGUCCUCAUGCGCACUCUCAACUUAACAAGAGUAGUGGAUCUGCUUUAUAAAAGGGGAGAGGCUUCAACACAUGUUGGAAAAAAAAUGAAGGAUACGGUGACUUCCCUUUUUAUUGAUCUUUGUAAUUUAUUCCUACCUCAAUAA